UGAAUAUUCACUGGUUUGUCAUUGCAUCGAAUCCGCCCGAUUCUCGGGGAGAGUUCCUCUUAAAUUUUUUUUUUUUUAGUGUAUAUAUCCUUACGAUUCGUACAACUUAGAUCGACUCCUGAGCUUGGGGUCCGAUUUUUAGCCACAAAUCUGUGCUUCCUAUCUAUUCCUCCUCGUCCGUCCCUUCUCUCCAUCGUGACCAGGGGUAGAGACGAGAAGCCCAUUUCCUACCCACUAACCUGCUCCUCUUUCGAGUGCGCACGCAGUGCUCUCAGACCCCACACCCCCCUUCUCCUCUCCUGAUGCCGGCCUCUUCUCCGCCCUCUUCCUCGGGGAAGAUCGACGAGGGGCCACCGCCAUCCACGGAGACAACGCCCCUGCUCGGACCGGGGGCGUCUGUAGGCAGUGACUCGCUGGAUAAGAGCUUACCGCCAUCCAAUGGCACGUUUAACGCCCCGGUGAAGGACGGUGCGGGCCGCGGCCGCGGCCUGGCGGUUCCCGACGACGGUGAGGUAGAUGUGGAAGCUGGCUCGGUCGACGACAUCGAUGCUGCGGCUGCUAUGGCUGGAGACGGCGACAACGGCAAGCCUCCGCUGCUCAAGGUCAACCUAGCCGCCCUGCUACCUGCCCUGGCCAUUGGCAUCUUUCUCGUGGCCAUGGACCAGACGCUCACGAUCGCGACGUACGGUAAGAUCGGCAGCGACCUCGCGGCGCUCAACAGCACGGGGUGGAUCUCAACCUCGUACUUCCUAACGCUAACGGCGCUACAACCGCUGUACGGCCGGCUCAGCGACACCUUUGGCCGGCGCGCCUCCCUGAUGUUCGCGUACGCCGUCUUCGGCAUCGGAUGCCUCGGUUGCGGCCUCGCACGGGACAUUGCCCAGUUGUGCACCGCCCGGGCUGUCGCCGGCGCCGGCGGUGGUGGCAUGAACGCCGUCGUCUCCAUUCUCGUCACCGACCUCGUCCCCCUCCGCGACCGCGCCCUUUGGCAGGGCUACAUCAACGUCAUCUUCGCCGCCGGCGUCGCCGUUGGUGCUCCGCUUGGCGGGGUCCUCGCUGACGGCCCCGGCUGGCGCUGGGCCUUCCUCGCCCAGUGCCCCUUGGCCGCCGCUGCCUGGGUCGCCGUCUAUCUAACACUGAGCCCGCCGGCCCCGUCUUCUACUGAUGGUGACGACGGCGACAUUGCCUGGUUGACGAAGCUAUGCCAAGUCGACUUCCUCGGCGCCGCAAUCCUCGUGGCAGCCGUGGCGGCGCUGCUCGUCGGGCUCGACGGCGGGAGCAACUUGGGGUGGUCGCGGUGGGCGACGGUGGGCCCGCUGGCAGCGUCUCCAGCGCUGUUCGCAGCGUUUGCGCUGGUGGAGGCGCGGUGGGCAUGGGCGCCCUUCGCACCAGCGCGCAUCGUGCUUGACGGCCCGCUAUUCGCCGCGUACGCGGCGAACCUGCUAGGUGUUGCCGCGCAGAUGGGCGUGCUGUUUUUCAUCGCGCUCUACUUCCAGGCUGCUGCCGGCCUUUCCGCCGCCCGUGCUGGCCUCGUGUUCAUCCCAAGCACCGCCGCCGGCCUCACCGGCUCCCUCGGCGCCGGCUUCGUCAUCCGCCGCACCGGCAAGUACUACGCCCUCACUCUCUUCAGCUACGCCCUCCUCGUCCUCAGCGUCCCGGUGCUCCUCGCCUUCACCGGCGCCGUCGCGGAUUCCACCGCCGGAGUCGUCGUUGGGAUUUCCAUCCUGUCGCUCGGUUCGGGCAUAUUCAUAACUAGUACCCUGAUCGCCAUCAUCGCCAACGCGGCCGAAGAUGACAAGGCGAUCGCGAUCGCGUGCUCGUACCUGUUCCGGUCGCUCGGGACGUCGCUAGGCAUCAGCACGUCGACAGCGGUGCUGCAGCAGGCGCUGCGCGCGGGGCUGGAGGCGGCUGCGCCGGCGCUCGGCGGCGGCGACCGCGCCCGCGAGAUCGAGCGCCGCGUCCGCCGCAGCCUCGAUGCGAUCCGAGAGCUCGACCCUCCCGUCGCUGCCGUAGUCCGCGCUUGCUACAGCCGCGCCGUGCGCUGCGCGUUCGUCCCCGUCGCAAUCCUAGCUGCCGCCGCACUAGUCGCCGCCCUGUUCAUCCGCGAGAAGAGGCUCGAAGACGGGCGAAGAGAAGAGGAGGAAGGCUAGUGGGGGGGGGGGGGGGGG